AUGUGCCUUCAGACAAACGGCGCUGGGCCCAGCACAGUCAAUGGCGAGGCCAUCGGACUGACGAACAAUAGAUCGCAGCCUGUGUCUUUUCGACUACGACGACCACCUCCUCAACCGACGACUGAACCUCCACCUCCACCACCGCCAACGACCGAGCCUCCACCGCCUCCCCCGCCGAGCUCAACACCACCGCCACCACCAGACCUAGAACCUCCGCCGCCUCCACCAUCCGAAUCACCACCACCACCACCACCACCGCCGUCUGACCCUCCACCCCCACCGUCAUCUGAACCUCCCCCCACCUCAUCAGCACCGCCACCCCCAGAAGAGACGAAAGUCUACUCCCUUCCACCCCUACCACCAUGGCCACCAGCGCAGUCCGAGUACCCUCCAGGCAAGAAUUACAAGGUGCUAUUCGACCACGUAGUCGACAAGGACCUCGAUGGCCAAAUCCGGAUGCUAGCAGACAAGCUGCGCGAGCUGGACUUGGACCAGGGCGAAGAGGCGCGGGGCGAGGUGAUCGAGGGCGAACACCCGGCCGUGGCGAGGGAUCCGAGGAAGGAGGCGAAGGUGAAGCGGAAGGAGACGAUGCGGCCGUUGCGGACGGAUUUGGUCCCUGUCAAGUAUGAGCAUGAUGCGAACUCGACGGGACCUCCCCUUCCCACUGCUGUGUUGGUGCUGGGACUCUCCCCGCUCACGCCGAACGUGCACAUUCGACGGUGUUUCUCAAUACACGGCACGAUCACCUCAUUUGAACCGCAGGUUGACAAGACGUCUGGCGCUGCUAUUGGAAUAGUGCACAUCAAAUACGGUACACACGCCGAGGCACGGAAGUGCGUGGAGAAGGAGCAUGGAAAGAAACUAACUGCUCUGAACGGAGUUGCUGGAGGUAGCGAGGAGAUGACGGUUGUACUGGAUGGAGAGGGAAGGAAAUUGCAUGCGAUCCUGAAGGAGCUCAACGCGCUGAUACGCCUCUAG